UCAUCACUACCAACAUUGUUUAGCGUGCAAAGCGAGACGACGGAAGUGAGUAUUUAUGCUCGUAGUGUUUAUGUGGUAUGAGCACUGUUAGUAAAAGGCAGAAAUCGCGUCGCCGGUUAGCCGCUUACAGUUUUCUGUCCAAUAUCUCUUUGGAUGGCACUCACAGAGAUACAAAAAUAGGUAUUUAUAAUUUGAGCUUGCAAACCGACUUUUUGAAGUGCUCUGUUCCGCCGGUGAAACCUCACAAUCCGGCUCCAGUUCAAAAUAAUAUAAAGAAAAACGUUUUGUUGCAAGCUGAUCUGCAGAAUGAGCGUCUUACAAGAAUUGCUGUCAGUGAAGAAAAAAUCCAGGUUGUCGGGUGUCAACACACCGGGCACAGUUCAAGGGAAAGGGAUAUUAGUUUUCUUGCGGAAACUAAAUUCAAAUUCCUGAGUUCUAAAAGAAAGCCUGUAUUUCACGAGCGUGAUCAAACGCAGUACAACAGUGUGGAAAGUUUAGGCUUAUGUAGUAAACAUACGUCUUCUACGUUAUCAGAUUCAUCUUGUCCUAGUGGUUUAGAAGUGAGAUUUUAUAAAUCUCUACAAGAUUCACAUGACGAUAGAAUCGUCCUUUUAUCAACGAAUCGAGUUCCUUAUGUGGUUUUUUCUUGUUUGCCAUUUUCUAAACAAAAUAACUCUACAAGGUCAGACUCUAAACAAGAGAAUAAUCGUAAGCGUCAGGCGUCUGGUAAUCGACCUCUUUCUGCUGUGAAUGAUGAGUUUGAUCCUCUGAAUUUGUUAGCAGCUUUAGGAUACCGAUUGCAUGAUGGACAAGAAGUCUCCUAUAGUGGCCUUCUUUCUUCAUUUCCACGUAACGCACAAAUUAAGUAUAAAGUUCGUGAUACAGAUCACUUGACUAUUCCAUGUCCUCAUAUGAGUCGCUGUCAUUCAUUUGAUCCUGCCAUUUCCAAUGUUCAUUAUAUGAAGCAACCCAGUACUCCACCUUCUUCCUAUGACAAAACAUUUGAUUGGUCAGAUUCGAAGUUCUGCCACCACACCUGUCUUGUUACCUACACUCCUAACCUGUUAGAUGAUCCUGAGCUUGUUACAGGGAAACAUAGUACUGUUCUCACUUUUUCAUCAUAUAUAGCAUCUAUCAUUGAUUACGUUAAACCAUCUGAUCUCAAGAAAGAGUUGAACGAAAAAUUCAGAGAAAGAUUUCCUCAGAUUCAUUUGACUCUGAGUAAAUUGAGAAGCUUGAAGCGAGAAAUGUUAAAGAUAACACAUCAUGAGUGUGGAAUAGACUUAUUAACUGUUGCUCAAGCUUAUGUAUUUUUUGAGAAACUCAUAUUAAAAAUGUUAAUUAAUAAACAUAAUAGAAAACCAUGUGCUGCAGCUUGUCUCCUUUUAUCAGCCAAACUCAAUGAUGUGAAAGGAAAUGAUUUAAAGAAUUUAAUAGAGAAAAUGGAAAGUGGCUUUAGAUUGAAUCAUAGAGACCUUAUCAAUUGUGAGUUUGGAGUUCUUGUAGCUUUGGAAUUCUGUUUACACCUUCCAACAUGGGAAAUAUUUCCUCAUUAUCAGAGAUUAUUGUAUGAAUCGUGAAUCCGGUUUCAUUAUCAUUUCAAUUGUAAAAUGUAGUUUUUUGCUUGUACAGUUUCUUCAAUGCUGUGAUUCUUGCAUAAUGAUGUCUGUGUUAUGUAUUUUUGUAAAGAAACUGUACUGCAUUUUUGUUUUGUGCUAUACAAAUGUUUAAGUGUGAUUUUUUUUGUUUUGUUUUCCUUAUUGUCAUUAUUUUUGUCUUUUCUAUUUAGCGCUGUCUUAGUUUGGUUAUGUUAAAAAGCAAUAAAUGUUUUACCUGAGGAACCAUUGAGCUCAGAUUGCUUUAUAGUUUUUGCAAAAUGUGAUUUUUUUUUUUUUUUUUUUUUUUUUUGUAUUUGUUCUUAUAUUUUCUAAACAGUUGAAGUCAUUGAUAUUACUAGUGAUAUUUAAUAUUGUGAUGCAAUUGUAUUUUAGCUAUUAAAUAUAUUAUUUAUAUAAUAGAUAUUAACAGUUUUAUACAGAUUACAAUAAUUUUUAGCAAGCAUUAAAUGGGUACUUUAUUAUCCUUUAAAUUGUUAAAACGAUAAAGGAUUAUUCCUUUAGAAAUAUUAGCUAUACACUCUAUAUUAUCUGAUAAUUUUCUUUUAAAAAAUUUAAUACAUUUCUCAACUCAAUUGUAACAUAGUUAAUGAUGUAAUGUAAUGAUUAUGGAAUUAAUAAGGAUAAUAUUUGAUAAGCUUUUUGUAAAUGCUUAUUCAGAUACUUGUCAACACGAAUAGUGUUCUUUUAACGAACAAUUCAUAUCGGAAUUUUAAAGGAUAAGUGUAUUGCAUAUUUAAAACUUAGACAUUUUUGACUAUUUCAGUAAUUUUUAAUGUUCCCUCUAGUGUAAUGUAUGUGUUCUUAGCACUUUAGAACCUGAAAGCACACCUCAUGAUGGACCAAACCUUAAAUAAAAUAAAAUAGAAAGACCAAAUAUGUAAACCUUUAUCCAUUAGCAUUUUAAACGAUGCAACAGUGUAAAUGGCUAUUAACAUUCCACUUUUUCUUCUGGUUAUUAAAUAUUAAUAAAGAAGAUCUCAUUUUGAAUUUUAUUUUGUACUAACUAGAUGAAAGAGUUUCAUAGUGGAGAAUUUAAAAAGUAUAUUUCCGAGAUGAGUGUUGCUGAAGAGAUUAGAAAUAGAUAUAAAAACUAUUUUAGCUAAUUAUGUGUUUACUUAACAUAUUACAGACAUAUAAUUUUCUCCUGUGCAUUGUUUUGAUAUGUAAUAAUAUAUUCUUUUAAAAAAUACAAAAUGUUAUAUAUGAUAAAAAAAAUAUACAAAGAAUUUUAAAUAAGAUAAAGAAUUAUUUUUUCUAUAGUUCCACUUAUUUCAUUAUUCACAAUGCUAUGUUAUUAUGUAAACUAUAAUUGUACUUUAAUUUAUUUCUUAAAAAAUAUGAGAUACUAUAAUAUUUUAAAACUUAUAAUUUGCAGUACUUACCUAUAUUGAAUCAGUAUUAUACAUUUCAUUUGAAUUGUAUCAUUUUUAUGUAGAUCUUGUCCAAUCUUGGUUUUAUUUCUCAUGAAGUUAUUUUAUAAUUUUAUGAAAAUGUUUUUGUAUCUUGGAACAUUAUUUUUUCAAAUUAUUUCUUAGAGAUCAUUUUAUAAAUAUAUAGAAAAUGAACUCUUUCUUCAUUAAUAUACCUGAAUUUUUAAAAUUUUAUUUAAUACAAUUAAUGAUACAAUCAUAGGAAUUUGUGAAGUAAUUGAAAAAAUCUGAAUCUUUUUAUCAAACUUUAUUAGAAGUGAUUAAUUGAAAAAAAUUGACAUUAAUAGUUUUUAUACUAUUUUGAAUUAGUACUUAAUUCUAUUUUUUCUUUCUUUAUGUUUGCAAUGGAUGUAAUGAAUAAUUUAAUCAAAACUUUAAUAUUCUGUUUGUAUUAAAAAGAUAUACAUGAUCAAAUUAUUUGGUUGUGCCAGUGUGUGCUGCAU